CCAAGAUCCUUCAGUAAUUACUCGACCAACAGUGCGAGAAUGUAGUGUUCAUAGUUUUCACUUAAAUAGUCAAAAAAUUGUUGAUUUUCAUUAGAUUUUUUUCGAAAGUCCGAUUUAAUUAUGAAUGUAAAAAUGCCAGGAGACAAAGGAAAUUGAAAAUUAAGACAUCUUGUAAUUAUAAACAUUUAACUUUCAAUGGUCCUAAAAUUUAUUAUGUAGUCAAAUACAUAUAUUAUUGACUGCGCCAUGUCGAGGACCUACGUCACUACCGUGUGGUUUGUAGCGUGGUCAAUUAUAGUUUGUAACUGUGGUAAAGUUACAAAAUGUUGUCCCAGAGAUAUGAUACUCAGAGUGGACUUUGCAACGUGUACAGGAUAUGACACGGAAUUGCAAGGCACGAGGGAAAUUUACGAGUGGUCAUCUGAUGAUAAGUCUGACAACACUAACGCUACUACCGAAAAUCUUCAUGAAGAAUUAUCACUGUCAAUGUUCAACAAUACUGCACCAUGGUGGAUACCUGCUUUCAUGGAAGUAUUAAAAGCGGACAAUUUUUCUCAGGCUGUCAUACCAGAUUUUCAAUUAUUCGAAUCGGAAGGAAGAUUCCCUUGUGACCUAGAAGAUCGAAAAGUGAUGAUGCUGGACAGUGACAUUGUUCUUUUGGACAACGGACAACUGGCUGCUUUCUGGUCAUAUAAUAGCAGGCUUAUAUUUGAAACAUCUGAAUAUUGUAUUGAUCGUGUGUCAUUGGUAGAUAACUUUACGUUGUCGACGGGAAGUAGUGACAAAAUGAAGAAACCCGCAAGACGAAGUAUUCCCAGUACCGAACCUAAAUAUAGCUACGUUGCGUUAGCUUGUCAAACUUGUUCAAAGGUCUUGUGUAUACCAAAAUGCUGUAAUAAAGGAUUGGUACUCGAAUAUAAGAAAAAUGCACCCACUGGAUGUCGAAAAACUAAUCUCACUGCUUCAAUAAGCCUGAAAAGCACCAACGGUUCCAUAUUACAAAGUUCGGAUUUUUUCUUUUCGCCUAUGAGACCACCCUAUUGUGGUACUAGAGGGUCUUACCUUUCAAAUCUUCCAAACAGCGUGAAACACACAGAUUAUCAAGUUUUACAAGAUGGCCGGUUGCUUGUACAAGAUGGACUGGCAGUAAUCGAAAAGGACGAUUAUUGCGUUGAUGUAGUUAUCGUAGACGGUAAACCGUUCACCAAAAGUGUUCUUGCUUGUCGCGUUCCUGGUGCUAACAGUCCAGCAGGAACUCUUAAAUUUAGAGAUAUUUUAUACGGUACCUACUUUGUGGUUGGUGCAAUUUUCCUGGCUGCUACACUACUGAUUUAUGCCGUUUUACCCGAACUUAGAGUAACAGUUCACUCUGGCAAUUUGAUAGCUCAUACUAUUUGUUUGUUUGUGUCGUACUCCACAUUAGCUGCAACUACUUUAGCCACUCAACUGUUCAACGAAUACUUUUGUGUGACGGCAGCUUUCGUCAUUCAAUUUUCAUUUUUGGCAGCAUUUUUUUGGCUUAACGUUAUGUGUGCAGAUAUAGCAUGGACGUUCAGUGGAUUGAGAUUGCUUACAUAUUCAAAUAAAAUAGAAAAUGAGAAAAAAAAGUACAUAAUUUAUUCUGCGUAUGCUUGGGGCAGUAGCAUUGUCAUAUCUGCAUUGACAGCAGUCGCCGAGUUUACUAAUCUUCUAGUCAGUAGCCCUCAAUUUAAGCCAAAUUUUGGCCAAAGAGAUUGUUGGUUCUCCAAUAAAAUGUCAGUCGGUAUAUUUUUUUAUGCCCCGAUUGGAAUACUCUUAUUGACUAAUUUUAUAUUGUUCCUGUUCACUGCAUUAAGAAUUCUUUUCAUGCGAAGAGUUACAUCCAAAGUGUUGAAUCGCCAAACCAACCAAAAUAACACAAGAUUGGCUCUUUAUGCAAAACUUUUUUGUUUGAUGGGCGUUACGUUUGUGUUUGAGGUAAUAUCAUGGGCCGUCCAAGGACCUGCAUAUUAUUGGUAUGUAACUGAUGCUAUCAAUUCGCUUCGAGGUGUCUUUGUGUUCUUCAUAUUCUGUUGGAAGCGUUCAGUGCUUGACUUGUUAUUAGACCGUGCGCCCAACUCUUUGCGGACACGGAUCAUUCGACUGUUCCGUCUACGCGAUCCACGCCGAUUCCCAAGCUUCUCAUCGUCGUGUAUGCAACAUCAGUACACGGGGACGACCAGAACUCGAAGCAGCACAGCUUCCGUACCACAUAAUCCGUCGCGUGCUAGUUCAUUUCAACUAUCACAGUUUGGCAGCUCCAGUUCAAUGGCCAAGAAAGCCAAUAACCGACAUAAGUUUUGACCAUAAUGGUUUUAUUUCAUACGUUUACUACAGUCAUACAAAGCUUAAAGCACUUUAGAGUUAAAUAUUUAAUUUGUGAUGUAAUUUUUAAUUUUAAGUAACAUAUAAACAAAACUCAUUACGUAGAUAUUUAAUAUACAUAAAUAUAAAAUACAUCAUUUAUCAUUUAAAUAUUUUUAUCAAGAGGUUAUACUAUUGAGUCCCGUGUUAGCACGACUCUGUUGCACUAUAAAUUCUAAAAAAUAUAUUUAUUAGAAAUAAAAAUUAUAUUUAUAUGAA